UAGGGCACCACAGGCAACUAACUACAUACGCUGCCGUUGCGUAGUUGCCUGCUGAGCACAUUGUGUUCAGGGGAUGGUCGCGGAAUCAGACCAAUGGGAAGAGCUGCUUGGAUCAGCUGUGCGGAAGAAGGUUGUCGUUGAUGGAGACGGCGAGUCGCCUGAUCUCGGGAGUCUUGUGCUGUUCACAUGGACAGGGUCCCCCUUGCUCGACAACGGGACGACGACGGGAGUACCCUUUGCUCACAGAGAGAGAGCAAGGGCUAGGAUAGGAGAUGGAGACGAAAUUCCAGGCGUGGAGCUUGGUCUUCGACAUAUGCGAGUAGGGCAGCAAUGCCUGGUUCGAUGUGAGGCGAGAUUCGCUUACGGAGGAUUGGGUUGCCCAGCGACAAAGGCAGGGGAUACAGAUCUUCCUCCGGACACAGAUAUCGAGGUCCGGCUCGAACUUGUGUCAAUUCUCCCCUCCACGCCUGUGCCAGAUAUGUCUCCUGAAGAGAUCUGCGCGGAAGGGGAGCGCAAGAAGUUGGUAGGGAAUGGGCACUUCGAGCGCACAGCGUACAAGAAAGCCCUUCGUGCGUACACAGCAGCGGCCAACGCUGUUGCAGAAUUGGAGUUCCCCAACGGAGAUUCGGAUACUUUUCGUGAGGCUCGCCGACUCAGAAUCGACUGCGGCAAUAACAUUGCAAUGACGUGCUAUCGAUUGGGCGAGCUGGAAAAGGCGAAAGAGGCUGCUGUGGGUGUGCUGGAAGAAGAUCCAACUAAUGUUAAGGCCCUUUUUCGCGCUGGUCAGGUAUCUUCUCUCCAGUCCAAUUUCAUUGAAGCAAGAAUAGCCCUUGAGAAAGCUCGCGAGCUAAACCCGCGUUCUAAGGCGAUUCAGGCGGAGCUAUGCCGCUUGGCGGCCCGCAUCAAGUCGUAUAAAGCAAAACGACAGGCUAUGCACGAAACGAUGGGCCGUAGUUUGUUUGAGGGGUCCAAAGCCCCACUGGGGCUUAAGAGGGUGUGUGACAUCGAGGGCAAGGAGGCCCCUCCCACUCUGGCGAAAUCGAUUCGGGCGGAAGCCGUUAGUAGUGAUGCGGCAGGCCAGGUAGCGGCAAAAGGGGCUGGUGUCGCUAUCGAAACCGAUGCAGGAGAGAAGACGCGAUCAGCGGUGCCCGUCGAUGUACAACGGUGUCGAGGACUUUGGGUAUACAUUUUAAUUGCCCUGGCUUCAUGGGGUGGCAUGCAUGUUGCAGCACUCGUGGGUCUCACCUCGAUGUAUGCUUGAGGCUAGCCUGGGGUUGCCAGUUGGUGGCCAGAAUUGUCACGAAGGACUCGUCGUGCUGAUUGUCAUUGUUGAAAGCAAGCCGACG